AUGAUCAGGCAACGAUCGAAAUCUCCAAUCCAAAAACCACGAUCAAAAUCACCCAGUGAAAAGGCCAAGGCUUUCUCUGAAGAUCGCAAAAAACUAUUGAACUUAGCGUCGUCCAACCCAAAUCAUUCAAAACAACAGAAACAUCCAGCGAACUAUAAAUGCGAUUUAUGUGACAAGUCUUUCACUCGACCAUACAAUUUAAAGUCACACAAAAGAACUCAUACAAACGAAAAACCUUUUGCUUGUUCAAUUUGUCAGAAGUCGUUUGCUAGGCAACAUGACAAGAAAAGACAUGAGGAUCUACAUUCCGGUGAAAAAAGAUAUCAUUGCAAGGGAACUUUGAAGAAUGGAAAAAGUUGGGGAUGUGGAAAGAAAUUUGCAAGGGCAGAUGCUCUUGGACGGCACUUCAAAACUGCUGCAGGAAAA